GAGUACAAAGAAAAAAGGAAGAGAAAGUGAGACAGAAUGGCGAACAGAGCUUGGGAGAGAGAUGAUUUGUGUAAUGAGUAAUGCAAUUUUUAAAGUCUCUAAACUCAAGAGCGAGGGAAAAUGACUUAUUCUGGGAAGAUCAUCAGCUUGACUCUCUAAUCCCUAAAGAGGAAGACACCCAUGUCUGUUUCAACGAUUUGAGCUCAAAUGGUGCUUCAUUGAUGGCUCGGAAAGAAUCUGUGGAUUGGAUUUUGACUGUUAAGGCGCACUAUAGGUUUUCUGUUGUGGUCGUUGUUCUUGCCAUGAACAUCUCCCGUAGAAGCGUUUCUUCAUCUUCUUCUUCUUCUUCGAGCUUCGGCCUUUUCUGUAAUUCUUCCAACACAAAGAAGCAUUUCAGUGUUGACGAGUUAAGGAAGCUUUUGUUUGACAAGGAUGCAUACCAUCAAUUUUUACUUUCGCUCGAUCAAGUUAAAAUUCAAAAUAAUAUACAUACAUAAGUUUUUUCUCUUAUUUGGGAAUCUAUCUAUAGUACUUAAGUGCAUAAAGUGCAUGCAUCAACCCCUUUUUAAAAUGCUUGUUAGUGAAUAUUGGGUAUUGUGCUAAUACAAUGACUUUUGUGCUUGAUUUAUAUGGUUUAUUAAUGAGCAUGGUGGUUUAUGCCUUCCCAAUAUAUAGUAGUUUCGCUAUUGUGAUACUUGAGUCUAUGUUCUGAUUAUUUUUCCUAGAUAUUUUUUUGCAACUUGACAAUUAUCAGCUUAGAGAUGAAAUUCGCAAAGAAACACUGCAGCUAGCGAGUUAUUCUUUUCUUGUUAUCUACUAGUUUUUGUUAUAUCAGUCAUGCACAAUUGGAUUAUGCAUGGAGAAAUCUGCUAGUUCUUUUUUUUUUUUUAAUUAUAUAUACAUCAUUCAAGCACAAUUGAAUUAUGCAUGGAGAAAC